ACAGACAUCGUGUGUGUGUGUGUGUUGACAUCUAAAACUUCUGUUUGUGCGCAGUGUGUGUUUAAAUAAAGCUUCCGGCCUUUGAAUCCUUCGACUUCCGCGUUCGAUCGAGCAGUUUCAGUGUUUACUGUCAUUAUUGUGGAUAAACGUCAGUUUCCCGAGCGGAUCUGCGGUUUAUGCGGAUCCAGGAUCUGUCCGCAGGCUUUAGUCCAGCUGUGUGUGUGUGGGGAAUAUGAGCUGAGAUGCCGUCUGUGUCCAGUGGAGUGAAGGAUCUGUACCUGUCCUCGUCACUGAGGGAACUCAACAAGAAAGCGGAAGUCAAACCGGAAAAGACCAGCACCAGAAACUAUGUUCAGAGCGCCUAUAAGAUCUUCAAGGCUGCGGAGGAGAGUCGUCUGGAUCGAGACGAGGAGAAAGCGUACGUCCUCUACAUGAAGUAUCUGACGGUCUAUGACCUCAUCAAGAAGAGGCCCGACUUCAAGCAGCAGCAGGAGUUCUUCCUCUCCAUGCUCGGACCGAACAGUUUUAAGAAGGCCAUUGAGGAGGCAGAGAAACUAUCAGAGAGUUUGAAGCUCCGGUAUGAGGAAAUGGAAGUGCGUAAACAGCUGGAGGAGAAAGACCGACAGGAGGAAAAGAGACGAGAAGAAAGAACUGAGAAAGAUGGACGUUCUUCACCGAGAGCUUCAGAGAAGAAGGACAACAAGGUUAAAGUGGAGCCCAACAGCAGUAAGACUGGAUGUGAUAAAGGAAGCAUCAGCGCUGAGGGAUUGUUCCGGCUGAUGAAGGAUCCCAGUAUCAGUGUGUUGGUGAUGGACACUCGAGCCAGUCAGGACUUCCAGGAGUCGCAGAUGUGUGUCCCGUCGCAGACGUGUAUCAGCGUACCGGAGGAGGCCGUGAGCCCGGGGGUGACGGUGAAUCAGAUCGAGCUGAAGCUCCCAGCAGCGUCUCUGGAGGACUGGAAGCGCAGAGGCUUCGUGGAUUACCUGGUUCUGCUGGACUGGUUCAGCUGCGUCUCUGAUCUCAGACUGGGAACCACUUUACAGAGUCUGAAGGAUGCUCUCUAUAAGUGGGACAGCAGUAUGAUCCUGCGCAGUGAGCCGCUGGUGCUGGAGGGAGGGUACGAGAACUGGCUGCUGUUUUACCCGAUGUACACCAGCAACGCUAAAGUCAAGCCGCCCAGACAGCAGGAGUCCAGCGCACCGCCCCAGCUGAACUUCACGUACCCGUCGCUGGAGGAGCCCAAGCCUGUGGUCGAGUGUGAAGAGCCUGAGCCUGCGCAGAUCAACGGCUCCACUGUGACCCAGGACCCGCCGGCAGAACCGCUCGCUAACACACACACACCACACACACACACGCCCCUCGUUCAGCCCACCGCCACUGACGCCGCCGCCUCGCCCAGACACACUCCACAGGUCGACCGCACGAAGAAACCUUCGGUGAAGCUGCCGCCGAGUGUGAAGACCAGCGACGAGCCUCCGGCUAACGACAGCCCUGCGGUGCCCAACGGCCUGGUUCUGCCGGACCGCUCCACCAAGCCCACCCGACCCGCCGGACCCGCGAGCGACCCGUCCCGAGCCCUCAGCGCAGAGGAGCGCCGGGAGAUCCAGGCCGAGACCCUCAGCCUGAUGGAGACGGCCCGGAGAGAGCAGGAGCAGCGCAGGAGAGAGAGAGAGAGGGAGGCGGCCGAGAGACACCAGCGGGAGGAGAAGGAACAGGAGGAUGAGGAGGAGAAGAGGAAGAGGCUGGAGAGACAGAAAGCAGAAGAAGAGCAGGAUCUGGGAGAAGCGGGUCGAGGGGAUCGAGACGAGAAGGAGAAGAGCAGGAGAACACAGAAGGACGUCACACUCGACCCUGCCAUGAAGAGCAUGUCUCUGGACUCACAUGUGCCCUCGAGUGCUAGGGAGUCUCUGAUGAGAGCACACAGUGAGGAGAUGGGCCGAACCGUACCUGGGCUGCCGGACGGCUGGAUGAAGUUUCUGGACACGGUGACGGGCACCUACAGGUAUUACCACUCGCCCACCAACCGCGUGCACCUGUACCCCCCCGAGGUCAACACGCCUCAGGUCCCGAUCCAGCCCAGCUCAGCCGGAGCCCAGCCGGAGCCGGAGAGAGAGAGGGAGACGGAGCGAGAGAAGCAGAGAGAGAGGGAGAGAGAGAGAGACCAGUCUAAACUCAAGCGCUCGUACUCGUCUCCAGACAUCAGCCAGGAGCUCAACGAGACCAGGAGACCAGCAGCCGUGCCCACUUUCAACAGAGAGAACAAGCCUCUGACAGCCUCCUAUAAGACGGUGGAGAUCUCCCGCCCGUCGGCUGCUAAGAUCCGGAACCUGAACCCGGUGUUCGGGGGUCAGGGGCCGUUACUGACGGGCCUCCGUAACCUUGGCAACACCUGCUACAUGAACUCCAUCCUCCAGUGUCUGUGUAACACCGUUGCCAUGGCGGAGUAUUUCAACAGGAACUACUAUCAGGACGACAUCAACAAGGCUAAUAUCCUGGGCCACAAGGGCGAGGUGGCGGAGGAGUUCAGCGUGCUCAUGAAGGCGCUGUGGUCGGGUCAGUAUAAGAUCAUCAGCCCACAGGACUUUAAAGGAACCAUCUGUAAGAUCAACAGCCGCUUCUCGAGCUUCGAGCAUCAGGACUCGCAGGAGCUGCUGCUGUUCCUCAUGGACGGACUGCACGAGGACCUCAACAAGGCGGAUAAGCGCAGGGGUUAUAAGGAGGAGGACAUCGAUCACCUGGAUGACGUGAGCGCUGCGGAUCUGGCCUGGUCCAAACACAAGCUCCUGAACGAGUCCAUCAUCGUGGCUCUGUUCCAGGGCCAGUUCAAGUCCACGGUCCAGUGCAUGAGCUGCCAGCACAAGUCCCGCACCUUCGAGACCUUCAUGUACCUCACGCUGGAGAUGACGGCCAGCAGCAAGUGCUCUCUGCAGGACUGUCUGAAGCUGUUCCAUAAAGAGGAGCGUCUGACCGACAGCAACCGCUUCUACUGCCGCCACUGUAAGACACACCGAGACGCCAUCAAGAAGAUGCAGAUCUGGAAGCUGCCGCCCAUCCUGCUGGUGCACCUGAAGCGGUUUAAGUAUGACGGCCGGUGGCGUGAGAAGCUGCAGACGCUGGUGGACUUCCCGCUGGAUAAUCUGGACCUGUCGCAGUACGUCAUCGGGCCCAAACACAACCUGAAGAAGUACAACCUGUACGGCGUAUCUAAUCACUACGGCGGGAUGGACGGCGGCCAUUACACGGCGUACUGCAAGAACCCGCUCAAGCAGCGCUGGUUCAAGUUCGACGAUCACGAGGUUUCCGAGAUCUCGGCCGCCAACGUUCGCUCGGCCGCCGCGUACAUCUUCUUCUACUCCUCCCUGUGAUGGGAGAGCGACAGCUCGUCACCGUGGCGACUGGGUGAUUGACACACAGUGGGCGGAGCUGACACCUCUGCUGAUGAUCGCGUCUCUCUCUCUCUCUCUCUCUCUCUCUCUCUCUCUGGGCGAUACAG